AUCAAGCCUUGAGGUGGCGCUGCAAUCACUCCUAUGGUGACAAAAACGCGCGUUUUCAUAUAACGUAUGUUUAGAAAAGGGCCGUUAGUAAUUCAGUGUGCUAGGUAACUUGAAGUCUAGAAGUAGAGCAGAAGUAGAAAAUGUCUCUUGAUGAGAAGUUUAAUAAAGCUGCUGAGGAUGUGAAGAAUUUGAAGAACAAACCAACAGAUGAGGAACUUUUGGAGAUUUACGCACUGUACAAACAAUCUGUUAUUGGUGACUGCAACACUGAUCGACCUGGUUUAUUAGACCCAAAAGGUAAAGCAAAGUGGGAUGCCUGGAAUUCCAAAAAAGGAACGCCCCAGGACUCAGCGAAAGAAACGUACAUCGCAAAAGCCAAUCAACUCGUAGAAUCACAUGGGCUGAAAUGAUCAGUUUGUUGAAUACUGGCUACAUUAUUCUGUUGUACACGCUAGUAUCUUGGUUUCAAUGUAAAGUAUACGACUUAAAAUUGUAAUAAUGUAAAAUCUGUGUAGUUGGUGCAUCUUACCUGCAUUUCAUCCAAAAGAAACGACUUGAAACAGUUUUUACCUUCUUAAUUAUGAAGGCAUAUUAGCUAUACGACGAUGUUUUUAUUUUGUUUGCAAUAUUUAGAAAAUUGUAAUGAAAAAAUUCAUUAAAUUACAUAUCAACUCAAUGCGUGUGUAAUUCAGUAAUGUAGUCAUUAAUAGAAAUGUGCUUCUGUAUAAACCAUUAAUGAUUGUACAGUGAACUACAGAAAUAAUCCAAUAAAUUAUCAUUAUCCCUUUGUA